CUGGCGCUGUUUCGGUGUGCAUGCGCGUCUGUUUCCGCGUGCGCUCCACCGUGUGAAAAGAUUUGACCAAAUUUCUGACGUCAGUUCCCUCGAUAUCUUACCUUUGCAUUCUCUGCUAUCACGUUGCGUUCAAGAAUUAGGUUAUUUGCACAUAAAAAAAACUGGGAGCGACAACAAAACAAUAAAUAACCUAGACGUGGAGAAGGGGUGUUCAUGGUGCCUGUAUUCUCACUAGCUUUGGUUGUCAACCGCGUUUGCAUUUGAACGUCUGGUGCUGCUGCUGGGUUUCAAUAGCAGUCGGUUAGCUCGCGACUUGUGAGCUGCGGGGAAAAUUGCACUCUUCAUAGCGACACUUGAGGAUGGAGAAAGCGGCAACAGUGCUCGCCUAAUUUUCAUUAAGCGAACACGACACAGGAUCCGUUAUUUCUAAAGCUGGCUGUUUUUCCCACUGUCAAAGAUAGACAGAGGAUCGAACAUGUCUGCAAAAGAAAGACAAAAAGGAAAGGUGACCAAAGACAGCGUUACCUUGUUGCCUUGCUUCUAUUUUGUUGAGCUCCCGAUUCUGGCGUCGUCGGUGGUCAGCCUGUACUUCCUGGAGUUGACGGACGUGUUCAAGCCGGUGCGCUCCGGCUACAGCUGCAAUGACCGCAGCCUGAGCAUGCCCUACAUCGAGCCCUCACACGAGGUUGUCCCCUUCCUCAUGUUGUUUAGCCUGGCCUUCUCUGGACCCGCUGUCACGAUAAUGAUCGGAGAGGGCAUUCUGUACUGCUGCCUAACCAGGAGAAGAAGUGGGGGAGGAGGGGGUGCCGAGGCCAACAUCAAUGCAGCCGGCUGCAACUUCAACUCCUACAUCCGCCGAGCCGUCAGGUUUGUAGGGGUUCACGUGUUCGGGCUCUGCGCCACCGCUCUCAUCACUGACAUCAUCCAGCUGUCCACGGGCUACCACGCGCCCUACUUCCUCACCGUCUGCAAGCCCAACUACACCACGCUCAACACCUCCUGCGACGAGAACACCUUCAUCAUGGAAGACAUCUGCUCCGGGGCCGACCCGGCUGUCAUCAAUGCGGGCAGGAAGUCUUUUCCAUCCCAGCAUGCAACCCUGGCAGCUUUUGCUGCUGUGUAUGUCUCUAUGUACUUCAACGCCACCUUGACGGACUCAUCCAAGCUGCUGAAACCCCUGCUGGUCUUCUCCUUCAUCAUAUGCGCCAUCAUCUGCGGGCUCACGCGCAUCAUCCAGUUCAAAAACCACGCCAUCGACGUCUACUGCGGCUUCCUCAUCGGAGGCGGCGUGGCUGUCUAUUUAGGCCUGUAUGCUGUAGGCAACUUCCAACCCAGCGAGGACACCUCCAUCCAGCAGAUUCCAGUCCGAGACCCGAUCCGUUCGCUGACGGACCUCAGCCAGGACGCGGGACGGCACCUCCAGAUCAAGAACGGCGGCGGUGGUGGCGGCGGCGGGCCAGAUGGCCUGGCCCCGCACGCCAACGCCACCCUCACCCGCAACCCGCGCGAUCCCGGCUCCCUGGGCAACCUGAAGAGAGCCAGCGCCGACGUGGAGAUACUCAGCCCCCGGAGCCCGAUGGGGAAGGAGAGCAUGGUGACCUUCAGCAACACCCUCCCCAGGACCCACACCCCGGCCGUGGAGGAGGUCACCCGCCGCAACGCCAGCAUCCACGCCUCCAUGGACUCCACCCGGUCCAAGCAGCUGCUCUCGCAGUGGAAGACCAAGAACGAGAGCCGCAAGCUCUCCCUGCAGGUGAUGGAGACGGAGGCCGGCCACUCCCCGCAGCGGAGCAUCGAGAUGCGCUGCAACUCGGAGCCCGUCCGCGUGGGCGUCAACGGCGAGCACCACCCGCCCGGCGGCCAGUACGUCAAGCUGCCGACCCCCGGCGGCAUGCCCCUCAUGCCCAACAACAGCAGCGGGAUGACGGGCGGAGCCAGGGUCUCCAUCCAGUCCCGCCCGGGCUCCUCCCAGCUGGUCCACAUCCCCGAGGAGACGCAGGAGAACAUCAGCGCCUCGCCCAAGGGCGGCUCGGCCCGCUCCAAGUGGCUGAAGGUGGCGGAGAAGAGCGGGGUGUGCCGCACCAACAGCCAGCCACGGAUAAUGCAGGUCAUCGCCAUGUCCAAGCAGCAGGGCCUCCUGCAGGGCAGCCCCAAGAGCUCGGACGGGAGCACGGUCAGCUGCACCGGGUCCAUCCGGUACAAGGCGCUGACCGACCAGGAGCCCGGCGGCAUCGUGCGGGUGGAGGCGCACCCGGAGAACAGCCGGCCGGUGGUGCAGCCGCCCUCCACUGACGGGAGCGGCUCCUGGAAGUGGAAGCCCCAGGAGAGGCCCAGCCUCCGGCAGUCCUUCGAGCUCAACGACCUGAACCGGGACUCGGAGAGCUGCGAGUCGCUGAAAGACAGCUACGGCCCCAUCCCCGUGCCCGGCCCCCUGGAGCGGAGGAGGCCUUGCUCCGGCCCGGACCUGGGCUCCAACCACCACCAUCACUUCCACCACCACCACCACCACCCGCACGGGAUCACCACCAUCCGCGUGACGCCCGUGGAGGGCAGCGAGGCCGCCUCCGAGACCCUGUCCAUCGCGUCCAGCCGGGACUCCACCCUGCGAAGGAAAGGGAACAUCAUCCUGAUCCCAGAGCGGGGCACCAGUCCGGACAACGCCCGGAACAUCUUCUUCAAAGGGAUGUCGGCCAGUCCGGUUUUCAAGGAGUGAGCAGUCUCCCUACCAACCACUACCUUUGUGCGUGGCCUUGAUCAGAGGAUUUACAAAAGAGAAAGAAGUCAAUUGUGCAGCCUAUAGUCCUUGGAAACACCCCCCCCCCACCCCCACCCAGCUCCCCCCAACUGUCAAGAGUACAUUACAAGCCAAUCCAUCAUUCACCUUUUUAGAGAUACUGCUUUUUCUAUUACGGAAGCUGUAUCGUGCAUGUUUCAAAGAUUCUUUUGUUUUUUGUUUUCAUAUUCACACAAAAGCACAAUUUAUUGUGAUGCUCCCCGCAGGUUUUUUUGUUUUGUUUUGUUUCAGUCAAAAGUUGAACACAGUCUACCUGCAAAAACCUCUGAAGGUGUUCUUAUCGUGCCAAAUUUUUUGAAACAUGCAGGAGAAGGUGUGCAUUUUUUAAAUGAUUCACUUUUGUCUAGUGCCCUUACUUUAACAUUUAACCCUCUCUACAGCCACAGAGAUUGGCACUCUUCUCCUGGCAGUCUAGGUGCUGUUAAAAAAGAAUUUCAUACUGCAACUGUUCUGAAAAAAUAUAUUUUUUCUCAAUGUAAAUAUUUAUACUGUACAACUGGUGCUAGAGCGCCACCCUUAUUAAAAUUUGUCAAUAUUUAAAAUUUGAUAGUUUAAAAACGAUGUUUAUUGAUUAAUUUUAAUAUUUAGUUUUCAACUAAAGGAAUCAAGUAGAUAGUCUAGGGGAAAAAAAUAACCAGAACAGAUAGAUUAAUUCACAAGAUAAAUUUUCUGGAUACAGCAUAAAAUGAUUGCUGUGUGGCUUUUGUGUUGAUGAUUUUAUGUAUUCUUAUGGUAUGAUGCCUCCAUCCCACUGUCCAAAUAUGGCAGUUUGCUUGCAUUUUAUUCUUUAGUACCGGAUUGUAUCAAUAGAAUAUUAGCUAUAAGGACAUGGCAUAAAGGCAGUUACUGUUUAUGUGGUUGCUGUACUGUACAUAUCUCUGAAAAAUGCAUUUACAUGUAAAAUGCUUGACCAUUCCCCAAACAGUCAGUAAGUGCAGUUGUGUUAACACGGGAGUUCUAAAAUAAGUGUGUUCCCAAGAUUCUAAAUCCAGUAAAUGCUCAAAAUUCCUAAUCAAAAAGCAUUCCCAGGAUUGUGAAUCAAGUGUGAGCACAACAGACAGAACAUAACUAUUGCUUGCUUUGUAGCCUAGGUCAAAAUAAUGCAUUGCAUUUGGAAAAUCACACUAUACUUGCUGUUUGAUUUUAUACAACAAAGUACCACAAAAUCUCAUUUUAGCAUAUGUGAGUACUGUAUCAAUAUUUUUCAUAGUUGUGUUACAAUACAUUAAUGCAUAAUGCCUAAAUGUAAACAAAAAUACUGGCUUAGCUUCACCCUUGUAUAUGUGAUAUUUCUAUUUAAGCAGUGUAAUGUGUUCUUCUCUGGAAUCCUAACUGGAUUUAGUCCUAUGAGUUUAGGCAUCCUAAUGGUUUUAGACAUAAUUUGUUCAUUUUGCAUUUGAAUCUGAAAUAGAAAAUGUCUAGUGAAAAGGUAAAUUAGUUCAUCAUACUUUAUAUUUUACAUUGUCACCAAGUCAAUUUGUAAGUGAAGGAAUUUAUAUCAGAACAAAGAAAAUACAAUUUCAAGGGCAAGAGCUUACUGAACAGACUGCAUGUCGUCCUCCAUUAAAAACAUACAGUAUUUGGUACAGUAAAUUAAGUAUGCAUUUACAUGAUUUAGUCUAAUUGCAAUGGAGCUUGUCCGUAGCUGUUGUCUUUGGGAUGAUAACCCCAAAUACUUCAUGAAAUUGUAACUGCAAAAUGUCCAGUGUUAAUUCAGUUCUAACAGAUAACAUUUGUCACACUCUGGUCCAGAGUGGGACCAAAUGUUGUCUGUUAGAGUUGAAUUAACACUGGACAUUUUGCUGAGUAAAUGAAGUUAUUCCAGUGUUCUUAAUGUUUCAUUUGUAUCUUUGUUUAGUUUUCUAGCACAGCAUUUCUGUCUAAUUUAGUGUUCAGUUGAACUUAUUGUAGAUAAAUGGCAAAAACCUUGAAAAUUGUGGCUAAAUACCCCCAUUUUUUGCUUAAAUUUAAAUGUACAAUGCAACAGAAUAUAAUUUGUUUCUGUGUCCAUAGUUGCUUGUUCUGGUGCCUUUGGUCAUUCACACAUGCAUACAUUACACACGCACGCAAACACACAAAAUCAGUUUCACAACUUCACAACCUUUUACCACUGAUGGAGAGAAAGAACGUUAUGUAACCAAUGUUGUUUCUCAGUGUAAUAUUGUAAAAUCAAGUGAGUCAUCCACCAUUCUCUAGGAACUAGACAAGAUGUUUAUGUAUUCUGUAUUCUUCUGGACUGAAAUUCACUGCUCUCACAGUCUUUUCAAGUGCAUCCUCCCAUUUGUACAUAAGGCAGGGCGAGUCUGGAAUACAUUCUUCUUGUGGAUUUUGCACUUCAGUGAACAUGGCAAGGUAAAGUGGUAUUGAGUGUUACCUGCCCAAUGAACCCAUCCUCCGUGUAUUCUCUUACCAUGCUGAAUUUUAAGGAUGCCUAACAAUUCAGCUUCUAUGUCUGUGUACAAGAUGAAACUUUAUUCAUGGGGAUAUUAUAUUGCAGAUUCCGUGUUGUCCUUCUUUGUGCGGUACUUGCAGAGUUGCACUUAAAGUAAACUUCUCACAAUCAUCUGCCAAUCGAGGGCUGAAGUAUAUAGUACAGUUUACAAUAAGUGCAACAGUUGCCAUACUGUGUAGUAUGUGAGUUGUAUACUUGCCAUUUAUUUUCACUCUGAAGCUUGCCAAAAAAAGAAUGUACAAAUAAUGUUUUACUACACUGUUGGAAGGUUAGAUAAGAGACCUUGAAUGGAUUCAUUAUUUUCAUGCUGAUUUAGAAUACCUUGACUUAUUUUUAUGUUUUCAGUUGAGACUUUUGUGACAUUACUAUAUAAAUAUUUUUUGAUAGUCUGUGCCAAAAUGUUUUAUGAAAAGUGACACAUAAUUUGUUAAGGAUCUGAUAGUGUAAAUAUAAAAUCCAAAAUGAAGGAAUAUAUCUCAAAUAAAUGUCAAAAUAUACUGCAGAUAUUAGAAACUAUGUUAGUGGUUGCCACUUUCUUAUAAGUGAUAUUAUGUAUAUCUUGAAUGUAGAAUGUAUUCCUAUAUUUUGUAUUUGAUAUUAUACCAUAUAUUGUCAUAUGUACAAAUUUUUCACGAGGGUCACAAAGAUUUAUAUAUACCUGUAUUCUGGUAAUUUAAAUAAUUUCAACUGUUGUGGUCUCUGCGGUCAUUUAAUACUAAACUAAAGGCUUUUUUAAAAUGAUAACUUUAUUUGCCAUUGGCUGGUACCUUGAUUUAUACUUACCAUGGAUUGGUCAAUCAAGUGUUUAACCUUUGUACCACUGUAAAUAAAUAUUUGUUACUUUGCUAGAGAAAAUACAUGUGGCAGCGUACUUCAGGCAGUGUCAAGACAAUGCUUAUUCAUUUUAUUUCAUUUUUUAAAAGAUGCGUGUGUGUGAGUGGGGAAAUUUGUUGGAUGGUUCUGUAUAUAAGCCUUAGACCAUUGUUCCGCGGUGUUUUUCUAGCAGACAUCAUUAGCUUCUGUUGGUUGGCGUGGGAUACAAGACAGUGGCUUCUCAAGCAUAUAGAGUGGCUCAUCAGCACAGCUUCGUGACCGCUUCCAGGAAAUGGAACAAGAAAAACCUUCCGGAAAGAUUUUUCAAGGCAGCCCUAUUUGGCCUUCAGUCUUUCCUGGGCUGGCGUGAGGAAGUUGUGCUUUGUCUGACUGUUGAAAUAAAUGUUUGCUAUCAAAAAGAAA